AUCUUGACUAUUUCAGUUUAUUUAAAGUUUCGUCUUGAUUUUUCUUUCGCGCGCACAAUUUCUCUGAGCUCCACGUUUUUCAAUCCACUCGGCCAUUUUUCAACCCGAAUCAAUUGUACCUCGUGCCAAUAAGUGCGCGAGGGAAGACUAGAGUUUUUCUCUCUUCUUGUGAACAAUACCCGGCACACCGAGAAGAGCGUACCCUCUCAGACCUCGUCAUGCGACUGGAUCGCAUGCGCUCGCAGCAGACAGAGGCAGGAGAAACUAGAAAAGGACUGCGCGUGGACUUUGGCGCUCAGUUCAACACGCGCCGGCGUACGGUUCGCGUCUCGUUCGCGAUUUUCCCGCGAUCGACCGGUGGAUGGACGGCGAUUUAAUGGUCGCGCGAUCGGCGUUGGGUGCUAGGGAAUAUUCAACGUGUUUGUGUUUUGUUUCCUCUCCCCUCGACGCUGGCCGCCUGUGCGUAGCGAUGAUUCGCGACGCGGAUGUUCGCGCGUAGAGCGACGUUUCGCCGCUCGCAUCAUCUGUCAUCGGUGCUCUCGCGGUAGUACCCUCGAUCGUAGGUUUCCUCCUAUUCCUCGCGUAAGUAGCACGAUGACGACCGAGACUCCGAAGGUGGAGUUCGCUCUUGGCAGCGAGGUCUCGCCCGGUCGUUUCUUCAAGAGCGCGUUCGCGCGGAACUUCAUCAGCAGCGGCCGUGACUGCAAGUCCCUGGAUUACGAGCUGCUCGACAACGCCGUGGAGAACGAGGAGGACCGCAACAACAACGCCCGGAACAACAAUUUCCUCUCGCUCGUGAAUUUCGCGGAUGGCAAGCCGGCGAACGUCGUCGUCGGCGGCGGCGGUGGCGGCGGCGGCGACGGCGAUGGCGACGACGACGCGGCGCGAGCCGCCGCCGCUCUCUGGGAGCAAACGAAGCCGAAGGAGGCGGCACAGCCGGCUGCAGAUGCGAAUGAAUUGGAGAAACUUCGAAAG